ACUUUAAACAACCACUUUUUUAGUCCCCCGCUCCCCAACUUCUCCAGACUUCAAACUUAUCUCUCACAGUAAUCUGUGUGUAGUUGUUACGAAUCAUCCCUAACAAGAAGGAGAUAUGCGGCGAUUCCAUGAUCAUCUUCUCGUAAUCACUUCAAUACUUCUGUAUCUUCUUCAAUCAUCAUCAUCUCUCAAGAUCGGAGAAACGUGUUCUACCGCCAACAACAAAUGUGAUUCCGGGUUGCGUUGUGGGACGUGUCCGGCGAGUGGGAAUACUCGCCCCAGAUGCACUCGUAUUCAACCCUUCAGUCCUACUUCUAAGGUUAAUGGUUUACCUUUUAAUCGAUACACAUGGCUGACAACUCAUAAUUCAUUUGCGGUUUCGGGUACAAAAUCACCGACCGGGGGACCGGUUCUGGGCCCGGCCAAUCAGGAAGAUGAUAUUACUUCUCAGUUGAAGAAUGGGGUUCGAGGGCUAAUGUUGGAUAUGUAUGAUUUCAACAAUGGUAUAUGGUUAUGUCACUCCUUCGGCGGUAAAUGCUACAAUAUCACAGCAUACCAACCGGCUAUUAACGUGCUACGAGAGAUUCAAAAGUUUUUACAAGCAAAUCCAUCGGAAAUCAUCACCAUUUUCAUCGAGGAUUAUGUGACAUCCCCAAAUGGAUUAACAAAGGUAUUUGAUGCAUCCGGUCUCAGUAAAUUCAUGUUUCCCGCGAGUCGGAUGCCUAGAAAUGGUGGAGAUUGGCCCACAAUCACAGAUAUGGUUAAGCAGAAUCAACGGUUGAUCGUUUUCACUUCCAAAUCCUCAAAAGAGGCCUCCGAGGGGAUCGCUUAUGAGUGGACAUAUGUCGUCGAAAAUCAAUAUGGAAACGAGGGGAAGAUUGCCGGUUCUUGCCCAAGUCGGUCUGAAUCCUCUCCGAUGAACACAACAUCCCGAUCACUGGUUCUUCAGAACUACUUCUCGACUAAUCCCAACGUCACGGGAGCCUGUAUUGAUAACUCGGCUUCACUCAUCUCCAUGAUGAAUACAUGCCAAGAAGCUGCAGGCAAGCGUUGGCCAAAUUAUAUCGCCGUUGAUUUUUACCAGAGAAGUGAUGGUGGAGGAGCAGCUGAAGCCGUCGAUGAAGCAAAUGGUCGUUUGGCUUGUGGAUGUCUUAGCAUUGCCUAUUGUGGGGUGAACGGAACAUGUAACGUACCAUUGCUUUCGCCUCCACCACCGGCACAAGCAUCGACGGGAGAUUCCGCUGCUUCGAGCACGGGUUUCUCGAUUCACAAAGUCGUUCGACUGCAAUCGUUUAUCGGUACACUGCUCUUGUCCACAUGGAUCUUGCUAUCACUAUAAAUCUCAUGUAUCUCAAGAGCGUUUUUCACUCGUCGGUGUACUUAUAAUCUUCAUGGCUAAUCUACGGGCACUCACUUGUAUAUCUUCACUUACAUGUUGCAUAUAUGGUUCGGUUAUAUCUAACGGUUCUACACGAACACUUGACGUAACUAGUCGCAACCAUCAAGAUUCCGGAAAGAAUUAAAAUUCAUAGAUGCGUGAUAUGUUAAACGUGUCUGGUUUCCAACUUUGAUUUCAUUUGUAACA